AUGCCUAAAAACCCAGCCCAGGUUGGGAAGGGCGGGGCAUGGGGCCGGCGCAUGCCGGACAGGUUCACCAUGAGGAACCCUGGCCGCAAGCCGCCGGGCAAGGCGGUCAAGCGCAAGCCUGACCGCCAGCCCGCACCCAAGGGAGGACUUGCCGGAGGAGGUGGUCGCUAA